AUGGAGAGAUUCUCAAGCUUCACCCCUGACUCGCGCUACUCGGGGACGUCCAUGAGCUCGCUGGCGAAGAGCAUCACCGGCAUAUCGAGGUACUCCAAGAACUUGGAGAGCGAGAAGGAAUGGCUGCGGAGGAGGUUGAACGAGGGGACGCCGAGGCGUUCCUUUCGCUCCAGCUUGACAAGUCACUCCCAACCUCAGGCGCAGAGAGCUGCAGGAGCAGCGACAGACCUCGACGAGGUCAGAACCUCCCUGCUCUUUGAGCUGAACCACCUCCGACCCACCGCUCGUGAUAUCCCGCAUGACGCUGUGGCGCCUCCGAGCUCUGAGGGGUCUGACACUGCGCAUGCCCCGACUGAUGGAGUAGAGAGCGACGAGGGACGAGGAAGGGAAUGCUCGGCUGAGGGAUCUCCUCCUUGCCCCAUGAGCAGCACUGCUGAGGCCGAGCACAAGGCUGAGAUCAAUGGCUCGCUAAGAGGCGCUAUCGUAGGCUCUGAACCAUCUAGAGAGGAGCAGGAAGAGAGGUCCGAUCAGUCGUCCUAUGGCGCAUCGCCCAGCAGCAGAAGGGCUGGCAGCCAGGUGGAGUUGUCAGAGAGUUACCUGCUGAAGCUGCUGGCGUUUAAAGAGGAUGAGAUAGAGUUGCUGCAGGGAGAGAACCAGAGGCUGCAGGAGUCGUUUGUUCAGUCGCAAUCUCACGUCAAACAGCUGCGGCUGGAGCAGGUAGCUCAUAAGAGCGAGUUCGAACUUCAGUUGGACAUGGCAGGACGCAAGGUCCAAGAAUUGGUGAGGCAGGAGGAGGAGCUGCGCAGAGAGCUAGAGGCGGCACAAGUGAGGAUCGCAGAGCUCAAGGAGACACAGGAUGACUACAAGAGGUUCGUUAGCAACUUCGAGAAGAAGAGCGAGAACCAAGAUCGAGAGCGGCAGGAGGUGUCGAGGAAGCUGGACAAGAAGACGGUGCAGUUUGAAGACGUUCUGAAGCAGAACUUGCUGCUGCAGAAGCAAGAGGCCAGGCUCAAGAGCCGCCUGGUUGAAGUCGAGGGCUCCUUGCUGCAGGAGAACACCAAGUCAAACAACCUGAGGCUUGAGCUGGAGAAGCAGAAGAACGAGUUGGAGGGCGAGAACAGGAAGUUGAGUCAUCACAGCAAGAUGCUCGAGAGAAGGCUGAGCUCUCUCAGCAUCGAGAACCAACGGUUGCAGACAGGCAUGAAGCAAACCUUGUCGCAGUUGGUGGACGAGGUGCAGGUAGACGUGUUCGAGCUGAAUGAGAUGAUGAUUCACUACGACGCUCUCGCGAAGCGAUGCAGAUACCUUGAGGCGUACAUGGAGUCUGAAAUGAAGAUGAAAGAGAGCAUGAUCAGUCAACACCGAGCCGAGCAGAACAAGUCUCAUGCGGAGAUCGCAGACCUGGAGAGGAGGCUGGAGGCUGCUGAGCUCGACCUGCUCAAGGCGAGGGAUCAGAUCAGCACCAUGAGAGAAGAGAGCAAGAUGCUUGUAUCUGCCGCGGAGAAGCGAUCCCACGUCCUCAGCGAGGAGGUGGAGCUGCACAGAGAUAUCGGGAGAGAGAGAGAGCGCAAAUUGUCGGAGAUGCUCGCCGAGGUCAGAAAGUCUGCGGAGAAAGAAAUCUCAGCGCUGCGCAACGACAAGUUCUCGUUGGAGACAACCGUACAUGAUCUGAGGGAGACGAUGGAGGAGGAGAGGGAGCGGAGAGCAGCAGCAGAAGAGAGGCUAAACCUCGCAAGGAGGGAGCGGAGGAAAGAAGUUCGAGAGAUGGAGGUGCUGCUGUCGAGAUCCCUUCAGGCCCUGACCCCCCAGCUGGAUGAGAUCGACGCGCAGAUCGGGAAGUGCGGGUCAGACCUGGAGCAGGGGACGUGGCCGAUCAAUCUCUUCCUGCUCUACCUCAACAUGAAGGACCUCGAUGAGAUCUCGCAGAAGUUGCUCAGCGUCUUGCUCGAGGUGCUGACAGCGGCGACGGCGUAG